AUGAAUGAUCAAGAUAAUAGACAGAUAUUACAACAAGUGAGCUCUUUAACUGCAUAUGCUGCGAGCUUGGUAGUUAUUUGGUUUUGGACCUAUAGAAGUGAUGUUGAAGAUUCUCGCUCGAUACCAAAUGAAAUACGGCUUGAGGGAGAACAAGUUAGAAAUGAACUAUUGAGCUAUCUAUUCUCGAGUGAACUCUGUUUUAAUAUUAUAAGGAUGACUCCUUCGGCUUUCAUCGGGUUAUGCGAGAUUUUGAUUAGAGACGGUGGUCUUAGACCAACGCUUCAAGUUACUGUUGAAGAACAAGUUGCAAAAGCCCUUUGGUUGUUAGCACAUAAUAUGACAAAUCGAGAGUUAUCUUUAAUCUUUCGGCGCUCUGGGGAGUCGGUUAGUCGUCAUUUUCAUACUGUCUUGCGAGCUAUUUUGGGAUUGUAUGAAAAAUUUAUUAAACAACCGGAUGGCUCCCAAGUUCCUUAUGAAAUUGCUAGCAACCAAAGAUUCUACCCAUACUUUAAGGUUAACACAACUACCAUCUUUAUAGUUUGCAAAUGUAAAUACUACCUUGUUGAUGGAGGAAUCAUGUUGAGAAGUGGGCUUAUCACACCUUGUAGGGGAGAGCGGUAUCACUUGAAAGAGUAUUCAAGAAAUCCACCUCGAAAUCCUCGUGAAUUGUUUAAUCUGCGACAUGCAUCUUUGCGUAAUGCUAUUGAACGAGCAUUUGGAGUUCUUAAAAAGAGAUUUCCUAUAAUUGCUAGUUCAACUGAGCCAUCAUAUGGUGUUGGUACCCAAAAACUUAUUAUUUUUGCGUGUUGUAUUUUGCACAACUAUUUAAGAGGAGUAAAUCCAAACGAUGAGUUACUUGUACAAGUGGAUGUUGAGCUUAUGAAUAGUGAUAGUGUGCCUGAAGAACCAUCAAAUUCUACGGAAAGCAAUGACGAAACACAAAGAGGAGAGACAAUUCGAGAUCAAAUUGCAGCUAGCAUGUGGUCUAACUACCAAGCUUAA